CUGAAGUCUACGUGCACGGAUUGGCCGCAGCUGUACUGAAGUUGGUGUCAUGUUGGUGUGUUUACCUGCAGAAACUCAGUGAAUGUCCCUUUUCUCUCUCCGUGGCACAACACCAGAGAACACACUGCACACACCAGUGGUCAAAGAGCAUUCACUAUAACGCAAAUUUUUGCUGUUGCAGAAACAUGGCCUCAAGAAGACUGGUGGCUUGUCUUCUCAAUGUUUCCGAGGCUCUCCGGAAAGACCUGGUGGAGACUGUGGCCAAAGCCGCAUUAUACGACACAGAAGGGGUUAGACGAGAGGGGACCGCAGUGCUGAACAUCUUUAACGACAGAGACUACAACCGUUCUGUGAUCACCAUUGUGGCCAGUAUCGACUCCAUCAGGGAGGCGGUUCUGUCUGCCUGUGAGAAAGCCUGUGGGCUGAUCGACAUGCGCGCUCACAUCGGGGUCCACCCGUGCAUGGGCGCCGUCGACCUAAUACCCAUCUACCCCCUGGGGGAGGAGGUGGGAGCGGAGGAUUGUGCUAAAGAGGCUCAGGCUGUGGCUCGGGGACUCACAGAGCGGGUCCAGGGCACCAGUGCCUUCCUGUUUGGCUGGGCAGACUCCCCCCUUCAGCGGGGGCUGGCGCAGAGGAGGAAGGAGAUGGGCUGGUUCAAGAAGACGCCAGACUUGCAGGCGAUCAGGCCCGACGUGGGGCCCCAGCCACAGAAACAGUUCGGCCUCACAGGUGUUGGGGCCAGUCCAUACGUCAUGAACUGCAACGUCACUAUCGACACCCAGGACAUCGCCUUGGGACGCAACAUCGCCAUAGCCAUCAGGGAGUCGACCCCGGGGGGCCUGCCUGGGGUGCAGGUGCUGGCUUUGCCACACGAGGGCGCUGUGGAAAUCGCCUGUAAUGUGGAAAGCGUGAAGGGGAGCCCACCUAGUCACACUGGUGCAGAUGAACCAUGGCCGGCCUUCAGCAUCGGCGGCCAGCCGUACUGUCAUGCUCCAGCUUCCCUCAUCACGGCGAGGGUCGCAGAGCUGGCAGGGAGGCAGGGGGUCGGCACGAAGGGCACCGCGCUGGUGGGGUUCACCCCCCGUGAGUGCAGGGGCCUGGCGGAGUUAGCACUGUCUCAAGGGAUUGCUGAGUUCUGGAAGGAGCAGCGUAGGAUCCAUAUGUGAGAACGAAUUCUCGCCGAAACCAGUAAAACCUCAAGCAAAAGUUCAUCAUUAUGUCACUUUAAUUACCCUGAGAAUUGUCUGUUUAUUAAACCCUGCCCCCCUCUGUUACCACUUUCAGGUCCUUUAACUAAAGCAGAUACAAUAAACUUUCUGUUUGUGAUGAUUCUGGCGACCCCUGUGGACAAAAGCGGUAGUGUUUCUACUGCCAUGUUUCAUUGAUUUCGAGGGGAAUCUGACCCUGUGACAGGCAUUAAGAAUAACUAUAUAGAAAUAGUAAAUGUUCUCACUCAUGGUUUCUUUAUGUAGGUCAUAUAGAGGCAUCAGUAUGAAAUUGAGACUGUUUCAUAACCACUUAACUCCUUGUGGUACGUUUAAGUAAAAGUAUUAAUGCCAUACUCCACUACAAGUAAAAGUCCUGCAUCAAGUAUUAACGACAAAACUGACUUAAAUGAUCAAAACGGUCCCUGUUAGUGUUUUAUAAUUAUGUUUUUGGAUUAAUAAUACGGCUGCAUUAAUGUGUAUGUUAAAGGUUGUGCAAAUAGGUUGCCAAAUGUUGCAUGCUCAACGGGGGAAAGAAACAGGUAGAAGACUUGGACAGUAUUCUGGUAUUCCAAGGUAGAACCAGCUGCCCUACUACAAUACAGUAUAAACAAAAAUGUACUAAAACAUGCCGCUGUUUGGAUAUUUUAAUGCUGAAAAUCACACAGGUUACAUUCAUGCCUUAUUGUUGCAUAUUCAGACAGUAUUUUAGUUUAGAUGUAGGGAUAAAGAAGACAAAUCAGUGAGUCUGGCAAACGUAAUACUGCAGGACAUAUAAUAGCAUCUUGGCUCCCACACGGCGGAGGUUCUGGUCCUCAACAAGGACUAACCGCAUUCCCACACAAUAAGAAGCCAAUAAUGAAGUAAUGCUAGGUUACGCCUGAAGCUAGUUAGCAGGGGAUGCUAACGUUUGCAGCUUACGGUAGAGCAGGCGAACUCACCGUUGAGACCAAUCCUUACAAAUGUUGCUUUUAGUACUUUUGGCUUUGGAAAUGCAAAUAAAACAUAAAUUAAUAAAUAAAAUACACACACACUGGUUCAGCAUGUGGAGAAAUCCAAAGUGUGCUAGCAAACAGUCAGUUUACAUGGUGAGAGCUCUGGGAACGCAGUUAAACAUUCAAUUUUAACUGGAACCAUUAACGUGUGUACACAUUGCUCAAACUAAUUUACCCAUACAUUAAAAAAUAAAACAUUUUUUAAGGAAAGUUGUGUGUGAUAACCUUUUACUACGUUAAAUAAAUCAUUUAUCAAUUCAA